AUGCUGAACAAUUAUAUUAGACCUAUACUGAACAAUUAUAUUAGACCUAUACUGAACAACUAUAUUAGACCUAUACUGAAACAUUACAUUAGACCUAUACUGAACAAUUAUAUAAGACCUAUGCUGAACAAUUAUAUUAGACCUAUACUGAACAACUAUAUUAGACCUAUACUGAACAAUUAUAUUAGACCUAUGCUGAACAAUUAUAUUAGACCUAUGCUGAACAAUUAUAUUAGACCUAUACUGAACAACUAUAUUAGACCUAUGCUGAACAAUUAUAUUAGACCUAUACUGAACAAUUAUAUUAGACCUAUGCUGAACAAUUAUAUUAGACCUAUACUGAACAACUAUAUUAGACCUAUACUGAACAAUUAUAUUAGACCUAUGCUGAACAAUUAUAUUAGACCUAUACUGAGCAAUUAUAUUAGACCUAUACUGAACAACUAUAUUAGACCUAUACUGAAUAAUUAUAUUAGACCUAUGCUGAACAAUUAUAUUAGACCUAUACUGAACAACUAUAUUAGACCUAUACUGAACAAUUAUAGUAGACCUAUGCUGAACAAUUAUAUUAGACCUAUGCUGAACAAUUAUAUUAGACCUAUACUGAACAAUUACAUUAGACCUAUGCUGAACAACUGUAUUAGACCUAUACUGAACAAUUAUAUUAGACCUAUACUGAACAACUAUAUUAGACCUAUACUGAACAAUUAUAUUAGACCUAUGCUGAACAAUUAUAUUAGACCUAUACUGAACAAUUAUAUUAGACUUAUGCUGGACAACUAUAUUAGACCUAUACUGAACAAUUAUAUUAGACCUCUACUGAACAAUUAUAUUAGACCUAUGCUGAACAAUUAUAUUAGACCUAUGCUGAACAAUUAUAUUAGACCUAUACUGAACAACUAUAUUAGACCUAUACUGAACAAUUAUAUUAGACCUAUGCUGAACAACUAUAUUAGUCCUAUACUGAACAAUUAUAUUAGACCUAUGCUGAACAAUUAUAUUAUACCUAUACUGAACAACUAUAUUAGACCUAUGCUGAACAAUUAUAUUAGACCUAUACUGAACAAUUAUAUUAGACCUAUGCUGAACAAUUAUAUUAGACCUAUACUGAGCAAUUAUAUUAGACCUAUACUGAACAACUAUAUUAGACCUAUACUGAACAAUUAUAUAAGACCUAUACUGAACAACUAUAUUAGACCUAUACUGAACAACUAUAUUAGACCUAUACUGAACAAUUAUAUUAGACCUAUACUGAGCAAUUAUAUUAGACCUAUGCUGAACAAUUAUAUUAGACCUAUGCUGAACAAUUAUAUUAGACCUAUGCUGAACAACUAUAUUAGACCUAUACUAAAGAAUUAUAUUAGACCAAUGCUGAACAAUUAUAUUAGACCUAUGCUGAACAAUUAUAUUAGACCUAUACUGAACAACUAUAUUAGACCUAUGCUGAACAAUUAUAUUAGACCUAUACUGAACAACUAUAUUAGACCUAUAGUGAUAAAUUAUAUUAGACCUAUACUGAACAACUAUAUUAGACCUAUACUGAACAAUUAUAUUAGACCUAUGCUGAACAAUUAUAUUAGACCUAUACUGAACAAUUAUAUUAGACUUAUGCUGGACAAUUAUAUUAGACCUAUAAUGAGCAAUUAUAUUAGACCUAUGCUGAACAAUUAUAUUAGACCUAUACUGAACAACUAUAUUAGACCUAUACUGAACAAUUAUAUUAGACCUAUACUGAACAACUAUAUUAGACCUAUACUGAACAACUAUAUUAGACCUAUGCUGCACAAUUAUAUUAGACCUAUACUGAACAAUUAUAUUAGACCUAUGCUGAACAAUUAUAUUAGACCUAUGCUGAACAAUUAUAUUAGACCUAUACUGAACAACUAUAUUAGACCUAUACUGAACAAUUAUAUUAGACCUAUGCUGAACAAUUAUAUUAGACCUAUGCUGAACAAUUAUAGUAGACCUAUACUGAACAACUAUAUUAGACCUAUGCUGAACAAUUAUAUUAGACCUAUACUGAACAAUUAUAUUAGACCUAUGCUGAACAAUUAUAUUAGACCUAUACUGAACAACUAUUUUAGACCUAUACUGAACAAUUAUAUUAGACCUAUACUGAGCAAUUAUAUUAGACCUAUGCUGAACAAUUAUAUUAGACCUAUGCUGUACAAUUAUAUUAGACCUAUGCUGAACAACUAUAUUAGACCUAUACUGAACAAUUAUAUUAGACCAAUGCUGAACAAUUAUAUUAGACCUAUGCUGAACAAUUAUAUUAGACCUAUACUGAACAACUAUAUUAGACCUAUACUGAACAAUUAUAUUAGACCUAUACUGAACAACUAUAUUAGACCUAUACUGAACAAUUACAUUAGCCUAUACUGA